CAUCAUUCGCUAUCCGCGCGAGAGUCCACGCAACGGUUGCUCUCAUCAUAAAAGUCCAUUGUAUCGAGCUACAAGAUGGACACGCUCUCAUGGAUGUUCCUGGCUUUUGCCAUUUACAUGCUCGCAAAAACACUAUUCGCAGACCGCUCGCCCAUCCCCGAGACAUCAGGCAAAGUCUACAAAGUCGCCAGCGCCGGCGAGCUAGACGCCCUCCUCGCCUCCACCACCAACGUCGUCGUCGACUUCUACGCCGACUGGUGCCCGCCCUGCCGCGUUAUUGCGCCCAUCUUCUCCGGUCUGGCCGACAAGCACGCCGCGGAGGGGAAGCUUGCUUUCGCCAAGGUCAAUGUCGAUCACGUCAACAACGUCGCUGGCCGCUACGGCGUCACUGCCAUGCCGACAUUCAUGUUCUUCCAGAAGGGGAAGCCUACGGGUGUGGCUGCCAAGGGGGUGACGCCCCGUCAGUCGGUUGUGUUCACUGAGGAUGGCCGCGUCGACAAGAUUCGGGGCGCGGAUCGGGCUGCGUUGCAGGCUGUUUUGCAGGCGUUGGCUGGCGAGGAAGAGGAUGCGAAAAAGGAGUGAUGAGAUGCUAGGAUUGGCGUGUACGGAAAGCUGGACCUUGAGAGGAAUACUUCUGUCGAGGGUUCGAGCAGCCAAACAGUGGAUCCGAAUGCCAAUGAGCGAUUUCCAACGGAAAAUACUGAAAGUGUGUUGAUGCUUCAGAUGCCAGUGUCUUGACUUGAAUCUCAGGAAAUGUUACUCGACCUUGGUGAUCACAUCCUCAUCUUCGAGAUUGAAUUGUCGAUUCAACAAUGACAGCGGUCCAGGUACCCUAGAACGGUUGCCUGUCG